AUGUUUAAAAAAUUCUCAAAAGAUGAUAUUCAUUCAAGAUCAAAUAUAAAAUCAUCAGUUCAAAGAGGUUUAAAAUCAAAUUUUGUAAAUACAUAUCCAGAUUUAGAAAAUGCAAUUGAUAAUAUAAUACCUAAAAAAUCUCAACUUAUAUUAAUAAAAUGUGAAGAUAAAAUUCAAUUAUAUUCAAUAAAUAAAUCUGAUUUAAUAACGGAUCCAGAAUUACCACAAGAAGAAGAAGAUCAAGAAGGUUCAGAAAUUAUAUUAUUUCAACAUUUUAAUGAUAUAGUACCAACUUUAAAAACUGUACAUAAAUUUCCAGAAUUAUUUCCAAAAGUUCAAGUAGAUAAAGGAGCUAUAAAAUUUGUCUUGGGGGGUGCAAAUAUAAUGUGUCCAGGUUUAACAUCAAAAGGAGCAAAAUUACCUGAAGAAAAUUGGGAAGAAGGUAAAAUUGUAACUGUUUAUGCAGAAAAUAAAGAAAAUGCUUUAGCUAUUGGGAAAUUAAUUAUGAGUAUUGAUGAUAUUAAAACAAAGAAUAAAGGAAUUGGAAUUGAAUUAAUACAUUAUUUAGGUGAUGGAUUAUGGACUCAUGAAGAAUAG